GUCACGCUCGCCGGCGGCCAAGAAGUCGAACACCAACGCGAGCGAGCUCGAUCGCCGGCGGCCAAGAAGACGACCGACCGAUCGAUCGACGUGAUCAUCAUGAGGAAGUCAUCCAAGGAGCUGGACUACGUGCUGGUGCCGAUGGGGCUGGCUGUCAUGGUGGCCUACCACGCGUGGCUCCUCCUCCGCAUCCGGCGGCGGCCGGCGACCACCGUGAUCGGCAUCAACGCCAUCAACCGCCGCAUCUGGGUGCGCCACGUCAUGGAGGAGCCGUCGGGGAAGCACGCCGUGCUGGCGGUGCAGACGAUGCGGAACAGCAUCAUGGCCUCCACCGUGCUCGCCUCCGUCGCCAUCACCCUCAGCUCCCUCGUCGCCGCGCUCAUGGCCAGCGGCGUCGCGCACACCAUCCUGUCCUCCGGCGGCGGCGACGGUGGAGGCGAGCUCCUCGUCGGCGCCACCGGCGAGACGGCGCUGUCCGUCAAGUUCUUCGCCAUCCUCGUCUGCUUCCUCGUCGCCUUCCUCCUCAACGUGCAGUCCAUCCGGUACUACAGCCACACCGGCUUCCUCGUCAACGUGCCGCUGCACGCGCACCGCCGCCGCCGCCGCCCGGGGCUCGCCGUCGACUACGUCACCGACACGCUCAACCGCGGCAGCUACUUCUGGUCCCUCGGCGUCCGCGCCUUCUACUUCUCGUGCCCCGUCUUCCUCUGGCUCUUCGGGCCCAUCCCCAUGUUCGCCGCCUGCCUCCUCAUGGUCUGCGGCCUCUACUUCCUCGACAUGUACACGGAGUGGGAGAAGCCGGAGGAGGAAGACGACCUCAACGGCGGCGACGUCGACGCCAAGACGGCGGCCGCCGGCGCCGGCAGGGUGAUGCCUCAGCAAGACGUCGUCUGAAUCAUCUCUGCAUGCAGAUGGUCUUCAUUCAACAGCUCGUUGAAUCAAGAUUAAUUAAUCAAUUAAUUAGUGCAUCUACUGUAUCAGAAAUAAAUCGUCCUACCUAGGAUUCAAUUUCUCGUUGAAUCCAGGAUUUGUGUCGACAAAUUCGAAACAAAAACGCUUCAAAUCAAUGUCAUAUAGUACCACAACCGUAUAUGCACUGUACGGCUUAUUAGCGAUCAAAACAAAUUAUUUAUAAACAAAACUUUUAUACAUACGUCGUUAC